AUGACUUCAUUUGUUUUUAAAGUUACUUCUUCAAUUUCAUUAUUUUCCAUUUUCUUUUCUUUGUUUUUUCACUCCUUGUUUUAUCUUUCUUCUCUUACCUUUCGUAUUUUUCUUGAUUUUUUAAACUUUUCUCUUCCCUUUCUUUUUCCAUCUUUUAAAAAAUACCUUCCUUUUAUUUAUUUAUUUUCUUUCUUUCCCUUCCAUCAUUGUCUUUCUUUUUUUUUUCUUCAUUCCUUCCUUUUUCUAUCCUUCUAUCUUUAUUUUUUCCAGAUUCCCUUUUUCUUUUCUUUUUUCUUAAACCUUUUGCUUCUUUUUUCUUUUACUUUUUCUUUAUGUUUUCUUCUUUCUAUUUUCUUUCUUAUCUCCGUCCUGGAACAGUUUUUCUACAAGGAAUUUUAUGAUUUCUUCCUUUUUUUUAUUUUUUCCUUUCAUCCUGUUGUUUUUCUUUCUUCAUCAGUUGUAUUCUUCCCUUUAUUCAUUCGUUCCAUUUCUUUUUAUCUCUAA